AUGAAUAAUAAUAUACCUGAUAGCCCACCUUCAAACACAUGUAGCUCUGAGAUACUCGUUCGACAAAUAAGCUUUAGGGAUACAACGACCCCUAACACAUCUGUCAGCAGUAACAACAAUUCCACGCCAACGCCAAAGAGAAGAAAAGUCCUAAAAAAGUUCGUUCUAGUCCAAGAUUACCCAUCUCAGUCUGAAGAUUCAGAAUGGACACGUAUCGACAGUAAAGGAAAGAAUAGCAUAUGGUCACAUUUUCUGGAAGGAAAGAAAGAUCGUUCAAUUUUAAAAUGUACCAAUUGUAAUAAUGUUUAUCGUUACAAUCGAAGGGAAGCCAGAUAUAAUUCUGAACCUGCUGAACUUCAUUUAAGAGAUGACUGUACUAAUCCUCCUGAUUAUUUCCAUGGAAAUUUAAAGGAUGAAAGGAUAAUAAAAGAGAUAUGUAAGAAGAAGCUGGACAAAUACCGAGAUUUAAAACAAUAUAUUAAGACGCAGUCAUUCUUUGAUAUAGCCGUUGGGUUAAUUUUAGAAUCCCGUCUUUCCAUCAACUGGGUAGAGUCCUUCACGGCCAAAACUCUGUGGUCAACAAUGGCGUUAAUUCCAACUGAGAAUAACAGUAAACCAGAACAGAUUUUUAAGCCGAACAAAUCUAAUAUGAGCAACUUUAUUCGCACAAAAUCCAAAGAUAUUAAUUAUUUCUGGAGGAGUGAGAUAGCAUCUUCGGCUCACAUAUUAAAUGAAAAGACCUUUACCAAUAGAAAGACAUUACUUGUAUCGCUUACAAAGAGGUUAUAUGCACUCGAUAAUGUAACGUUCAUGUCUCUUGUUUUUGAUCACUGGUCCAAUCACAAAAUGUCUAACUAUUUGGGAGUUUUACUGGUUACAUAUGAUGAAGAGGAAGGAAAACAAAUUCCUUUUCUAGUGAAGAUGGACAGGUCUGAUUCUCACAAAACAAUCGAUAUAAGUCGGCAACUUGGCGAAAUUUUUAAUAAGUUUGAUGGUUUGAGAACAGUAACUGUAGGUAUGUCAACUGAUAAUGCUGCCAAUAUGCUAAAGGUACCGAAAGAACUCUCAAGAACUGGCCUGUUAGGGACUCGUUUUCUUGGCCAUGUACCUUGUUUACUACAUAGUGCUAACAUUAUGAAUAGUACCAUGUUUGAUAUGGUCGAAGAGGACAGUUUGGGAUUUGUAGAUUCUGAGCUUAAAUCAAAAUUAUUAGAGUUAGCUGCAAUGAAAUAUCAGUUGAAUUCUGAUGGGUCAAGGAAUGAAAUUUUAAAACAAGAUAUCUUUACUGAAUAUCUUCUAUCAAAUAACAGCCAACUUUCUUCAGAAUCUGCCGAUAUUGGUGGCAUUUUUAGCUUUAUAACUGGUGACAUUAUUCUGAAGAAAAAUAAUCAGCUUGCUCUUAAUAUUAAAUCAAGCAGUGUUAAUCAACUACUAUACCGAGAACUAUGCGUUGAGUUUGGAAAAAUGAAUGGAGAGGAACCUUUGGCCAUCAAAACAUAUUCAAAAACAAGAUGGCUAUCAGCGUUAGAUGUUGUGCUCAGGUUACGAGAGUUGAAACCUGUCUUGAUGGAGUUAAAUCGGGAGCCAUCCCUGGGAGUGUUUUUCGAUGAAGAAGAUUUUGUUCUAAUGGACGAUUUAACUGAUAUCUUAUCUCCUUUUCGUUCUCUUUGCGAAAUGCUUUCUAAUGAUACCUGCACGUUGAAGAACACCCUUCCUUUGCUUAUUUCCUAUAAGGAUAAAAUAGACAAAAUAUUCGUUGAAAAAUCGAAAAGUUCCAACCUAACGCACAGACAUCUCCCAGUUUUUAUUCGUUUCAGAAGGAAAAUGGAUAAAUACUAUAAAAAGUAUGUCAGUAUGGAUAUUUGUUUAUUAUCAUCUUAUCUAAACAUUGCAUUUGUUGAUAGCUCUGUUUUUAUAGAACAGUUCCCUCGUGAGAAUACCGAAAUCAAAAAAAGUGACCAUGUAAUAUCCGUUGUAUCACAAAAACUUACUGAUAUUUUAAUACCUUUUUUGAAUAUAUCUUAUUAUCCCAUUAAGGAUAGCGAUACAGAAGACAUGAUCGGUAUUUCGAGCCAUGCAGGAAGAGUGUAUAAUGCUGAAGAUUAUUCAUCAGAAGGACAAGAAGAAAAAAACUUGGAAUUUGAGGAGGAAUUUGAUGAAUUCAGUAUUAAGGAUGACUUACAAGAACAAAUCAGAUUAGAACUUGAGCAAUACCGUCUACGUGCUCUAUCAUUGGUCAAGGAGUAUUCAAACGAGGUUUUAUCCAAAUCUAAAAAACGCUGGUCGCCAUUCGACCGCCAAGUCCAGAUGAUUGUGGGGGCAGAUGAUAUAUUCUGGUCAAGGCAUAAAAGAGAGUUUCCACUGUUAUCAUUAGCUAAUAAAUUAUUCCAUUGUAUUCCAUCGACAUCGAUUCAUGCUGAGAGACUGUUCAGCUUGGCGGCACAAAUAUUUGACAAAAGAAAAAGCCAACUCUCAGAUCAAAUGUUUGAGGAUCUUUGUAUCAUACGGUCCUUCUUACUUAGAAUUAAAUUGGGGUCAAUCAAUAUCACAGAUUGUACUUUAAAUGAUGCUUUAAGAUUAACAAAGGAACUCAACUUGGAAUGA